AUGCAAUCAAUCCUAAUAUUGGUGCUCUUCUUCCUUGCCACCGCCGAGGCAGUUUCUCCAAAGGCACAGGUUACACAUCGAGUUCGACGUGACUCCAGUGAUACGAGCUCACAGGAUGGAAGCAAUGAGGGGCUUAUCUUUGCCGUGAAUACUGAUGACCCGACGACUGAGACAAAAACCGAUUAUUUUUAUACGAUUCCUGUCGUGGUCGGAGACACAACAUUACAUUUAUCGAUCAAUACUUUUGCUUCAGACAUAAUGGUCUAUGAGCAGCAGCCCAAUAUUACCUUGGCGAACAUUACACUCUACCAACCCUCUGGAGGUAGAAUGAAAGACGACAAACUCACGUGGCUGUGGACGGAUGGUCUAUUUUGGGCCUGUGGAACUACAGUUGUACGUGACGUGCUUGGCUUGGGCAACCUUUCAAUCUCCAACCAGACUCUCGCUGUUGGCAACAACGACAAGAGUAUGCCUAAUUCAUUUCCAUUAGGUGCGACAGUAAAACAGCCAUGGGAUGGUAUGUUGUCAUUAGCAUUGCAGGGUGGGAGUUCCAUCUUCUCUUCCACGGAUGCCCGGCCGCAAAAGUCUUGGUUUGAGAAUAUCGCACCACUUCUCCAAGCCCCUGUCGUCAGUAUAUCCUUGAAGCACCAGGCAAAGGGGACCAUUGACUUCGGAGGGAUAGACGAGACAAUGUACACCAACGAUAUUUACUGGACGCGUGCAAACACGUCUUCAAUGGGUUGGAUGGUCCAUAUAAAAGCAUACAAGAUUCAAGGCUAUGACCCAACCGUAGUUGACUGGGAUGUCGCUAUCCAUACUGGGUCUACCUGGACAUGGCUUGAGCAUGAUUUCGUGAUUGAAUAUCUCAACGUGGCAGGACUUGAGGGUGCUAAGUCAGACAUGGAUGACAUUUACUAUCAAUGCAAUGCCCAUCUUCCCGAUUUAACUCUUACAAUGGCUUCGAUCGAUGGCAAAGAUUUCGAUGUCGAAAUUCCCGGUGCAACUUUGAAGGCUGGUGAUUAUGGUAAUGGGAACUGUUCUCUGGGGUUGAAACCGUGGACGUAUAACAUAACCGCAACGCCGGUACGGAUAAUGCCUUUUUUAGGCAUUAGUGUUCUGCGUAGUCAGUAUGUCGCUCUGAAUCUGACGGGGCCGGUAGUAGGAUUUGCACAACAGGUUAAUCCUACUGCCAAUUACUGA